GCAAAGUUAACCGAAAACCUGAUGGGGAGAUCAGCUAUGCAACCGAGAAGAGGCUGGAGAUCUACCCCAGAGAGAGGGAGAGUGUGAACAAUGCCGCUGACGACGGUGUCUGGGGAUGCAAUGGGCAAAUGGCCGACGCCACCUCCCAAGACAGUAUCGACAGAGCUGACUACUAGUAGGUGUACACCACGCCGUUCUCUCCGCUGAUCUAGGGGACUCCAUGAUGUGUCCCCCAGCACGUGGGGAUCUCUGCCUUUUGCGUGUGAUCUCAAGCUACCUCAGGACCAGCAAGCCAGUCAAAACGCUUCGUACAGCGACGCGUCCAGAGCAGAUCCUUCUUAAUCCCCCGGUUUUUUGAAAACUCAUGCAGAUUGGGGUAAAUAUAAACAAAGUCAUUUAUAUUUUUAUAAAUGAACAUUAGCCUCUCCGUUUCUCAAAAUCAUACUCAAAGAAGCGAAAACAGUUCUACUAAGCCUAUGCGUUUCCUCAGAAAUGGCCUCCCAAACCACCAUAAACUCCUUUGAAACUCACGAUCUUCGAUGGCCCACGUCAUUAACAAAGACUGGCUCCGAUGCCAUGAAUGAUGCUGCGGACUACUCUGCGGCCUACGUUAUCCUCCAUACCUCGGACGCCUCCCUGGCUGGUCACGGCUUCACAUUCACCAUCGGCCGGGGGAACGACAUUGUGUGUCAGGCAAUCAAGUACGUCGCCGAGCGACUUGUCGGGAAGUCACUGUGUGAGUUGACCAGUGACAUGGGAGCUACGUGGAGAUACCUUGUUAGUGAUUCACAUUUGCGAUGGAUCGGGCCUGAGAAAGGUGUGAUCCACCUAGCCACCGGCGCCGUUGUCAACGCCCUUUGGGAUCUGUGGGCGAAAUCCGUGGGGAAACCAGUCUGGCAAUUAGUCGUCGACAUGACGCCGGAAGAAUAUGUUCGCUGUGUUGAUUUCAGAUAUAUCGUGGACGCGAUCACUCCGGAAGAGGCAAUCGAGAUGUUGAAGGACGUGGCAAAGACGAAAGAAGAGCGCGUAAAAGACGUCAAGGAAGAUCGCGCAGUGCCGGCAUACACUACCAGUGCAGGAUGGCUAGGGUACUCCGACGAGAAGAUGACGACUCUCCUGCGCGACUCCAUGGCUGCCGGCUUCCAUCACUUCAAAUUCAAGGUUGGCACGAGCUUGCAACAGGACAGGCGCCGACUCAAACUCGCGAGGGAUGUGAUAGGCUACGACACGGACAACGUCCUGAUGGUCGACGCGAACCAGGUCUGGAGUGUGCCUGAAGCAAUCGAAUACAUGGAGCAGUUGGUGGAAUUCAAGCCGUGGUUUAUCGAGGAGCCCACGUCGCCCGACGACAUUCUGGGCCACGCGGCUAUCAGGAAAGCGUUGUCCAAAUAUGGCGUGGGCGUUGCGACGGGCGAACAUUGCCAGAAUAGAGUGAUCUUCAAACAACUUCUCCAAGCGGGUGCGAUCGACGUCUGCCAGAUUGACGCUUGCCGCCUAGGCGGCGUCAACGAGGUCAUGGCGGUGCUGCUCAUGGCGAAGAAAUUUGGCAUACCGGUGGUCCCUCACAGUGGCGGCGUCGGAUUGACGGAAUACACGCAGCAGCUUUCGACAAUCGACUACGUUGUUGUCAGCGGUCAGCGUAGCCUGCUCGAGUACAUAGACAACGUCGAGCACAGCGUGAAAGUGCCAACGCGGACAAAGGAUGGUUACUUUGUGACGCCGCUAAACCCUGGAUACGGCGUCGAGUACACGGCGAAAGCCCUGGCGGAGUAUGAAUUUCCACAUGGUCGGUUCUGGAGCAGCGACAAGGGGCUGGGUAUUGUCCAGGGCAGCAAUAGGUUCUAGCCAGACCCCGAGAUACUCUGGGAAGACAAAUCCUUGCAUAUGACAGGCUCCGUACGGAAUACUCACUCGCGAAAUCGGUCCACAGAUACCUCCAUACGGAGUACUCAGCGGCGA